UGCACAACAGCAGCAGGAGGGACCAGUGCUGUGUGAAGGGUUUGCAGUGAGCAGCAGGACAGAACUGACUCCUCUAAGGAGGGCGGGUGGGAUGAUACAAUGGAGGCUCAGAACAUCAAGCAGCCCGCCUUGGACAACCACAACAAUCUGUACAAAACCCCUGGUCAGGAGGAACAGAGAAGCGUGCCCAGCUGUAAGUACUGCUGCACUCUGGCCAACCUGCGGAUCGAGAAGAAGAUCGGCCGGGGCCAGUUCAGCGAGGUGUACAAAGCCACGUACCUCCUGGAGGGACAGCUGGUCGCACUCAAGAAAGUCCAGAUCUUUGGGAUGAUGGAUGCCAAGGCUCGCCAGGACUGCAUCAAAGAGAUAGAUCUACUAAAGCAGCUCAAUCACCCCAACGUGAUCAAAUACCUCGACUCCUUCAUCGAAGACAACGAGCUCAACAUCGUUCUGGAGCUGGCGGACGCUGGAGAUCUGUCACAGAUGAUAAAGUACUUCAAGAAGAAGAGGCGCCUGAUCCCAGAGAGGACCAUAUGGAAAUACUUUGUGCAGCUGUGCAGGGCCCUGGAGCACAUGCACUCACGCAGAGUCAUGCACCGAGAUAUCAAGCCAGCCAACGUGUUCAUAACAGCCACAGGCGAGGUGAAGCUGGGGGACCUGGGAUUAGGCCGCUUCUUCAGCUCCAAAACCACCGCAGCACACUCCUUAGUGGGGACGCCGUACUACAUGUCACCAGAGAGGAUCAAUGCCAACGGAUACAAUUUUAAGUCUGACAUCUGGUCCCUGGGAUGUCUUCUGUACGAGAUGGCGGCGCUGCAGAGUCCCUUUUAUGGGGACAAGAUGAACCUGCUGUCCCUCUGCCAGAAGAUUGAGCAGUGUGAUUACCCCCCCCUCCCAGCUGACCAUUACUCUGACAAGCUGCGGAGCCUGGUCAGCAUGUGCAUCAAGCCAGAGCCAGACCAGCGGCCGGACAUUGUUUUCGUGCUGCAGAUCGCCAAACAGAUGCACACGUGGACGUUCAGCACCUGAGUGCCAUUUCUGCUCUACGCUUCCCGUCUGCUCAGUCUGAGCACAAAACGCUUUGCCUUUCCCUCCUCUGGACAGGAGGAAGCCCUGGAAAGACAUGCACUCCCACUUAUUUUCUGUCAUGGAGGAUGAACACUUGUGUUAAUGCUGUAGCUCUCGGGGAAAGUGGAGCUCCAUGUUCUUUGAGCGAGGACAGACAGCUGUGACUCACUCUGACCACAGAUCCUCUCUGCUGAUUCAUUCCAUGCUCCGGCCCUGGGUCUGUGGGUCAGCUGAGGGUGGGCAGGGUGAGAUUAAGAAUCUGAAUAUCUAUCAUCUAUUAUUCUAAUCAAAAUUGUUCUUUUACAUUGUCAAUUUAAGUCCAUCGAGUAGAGAAUUGUAUUGUAUUGUAGAAAUGUAUUAGUGAUUACUAUGUGAGAAUGCAGCUUUGCCUCACUGUCAGCUUGCAGGGGAGAUCAGCCCAACAACCUGAUGUGAAUACAUAUAUAUUUAAUGAUUCAUUUCUAUCUAUCAGAGUAAGGUCUUCUGUGUGGAAGCCAGGGGGGCUGUGCAGGUUUGGACCAACAGGCAGAGAUUGCAACAGGCAGGAUCCAGCAGCUAAAGAUUAAACUAGUUCUUCUCCAUGACUAGACAGCUGAUACAGGCUGACCAUGAGGAGCAACACAGGGCACAGUGGCAAACAAACCGACGUACAACUCAUAGAACCAAUCAGCAGCAGGAAUAAGAGAAACACUGAUUGGGUAACGAGACGACACAAACGCAGGCUGACGAGGCUCGAAACCAAACAGGUGGACAAGGGAAGACAUGCAGGGUGGGGCUACAGGGACACAGAAGGGACAGACAGGGCCAGCACAGAAAACUGAAACACAAUGACUACAACGAGGAACAUCCUAGAGACUUCACUCUCUCAUCAUUUCAUCAUCUUCAGGUUGUAAAGCUCUUUACGUAGUUUUUGCCAAAACAGACUAUCAAUGGACGAAAUAGUCUUGAUUCAAGGUCUACUCACAACCGUUUUCCAGAGCUUUCAGCCAAAUGUCUUGGUCUUCUUUUGAGAAGGACUUGUCUUUGUCUCAUUGUGAAGUCGUCGUCCUUGCUCCCGAAUGGAAGACUCCCAAACUGGGCCUACCUUUUGACUCUUAGCUCACUUUAUUUUGAAUUUGUUACGAUUUUUAUGUCACCUAAAUACUUUUCAUAUAAUUUUCAGAGUUGAUAGUGGAUGUAAGAAGGAAAACAUCAUAAACCAUUUUUUUGUAAGUCAUCAUUAAAUGGCCCAGUAUUGAUUGCA